UCAGCGUCUCCACUUCCCGUCUCCCCCUCUCUACUCCAAGCAGCGUAGCCGAGUGCGGGCAGCGAUUAGGGGGUCGGGAUACCAGCAGCCGGACGUCCAAGAGCAGCAGUUACUCCAUCUGCUCCCCCAGCUCACAUGAAUCCCCUCCGUACCUCUGAGCUCGAGGGCCAGGAUGAGAAAUCUAUAAGAGACAUUGUCCACCUCUAUAACCAGAGGGAAGGGGUCACAUACUUAUAUAAAGCCACAGACCAGCUCCCCUGGACUUCAGUACAGGAGGAAGAAAACCCUAACAGAAGACACUGUAUUAUCAGAGAGACGGAGUGCCUCAAAUCUGAGAAUCCUGAUUUAUCCCAAUGUGAUUUCAAGCCGGACGGUGAUGUGAAGAUUUGUGCUGUUGAUCUGGGGGAUGAGGAUCCCGAGGACAUAAUGUGCACCAGUCUGACCAAGAACGUCCGGGUCAGAAGGGCGAGCAAGAAGAAGAAGAAGAAGUGUAAGAGCGCGGUCUGCAAGAUACUCCAGACUGUGGGAGGAGGCAGCAUCAUUGGUAGUGCCACAUUCCCAAGACUAGUGAGGGUCUGAAGACACCGGGUCUGGGGGCAGCAGAGUCACAGAUGCAGCAGAGUCACAGAUGCAGCAGAGUCACAGAUGCCUCAGAGAUCCCAGCAUUUCACUCUGUUACAGUCCUAGAAAUUGUGGUAAAAUAAUCAACUGGAAACCUAGAAAUAAAAUAUUCAG